CAUUUACGAACUUGCGAAACGUUUAUUCGGACGAGAAAUGAGAACAUCUCUUUCUCGCUCUAGAAUUUUUAUCUCUCUCUCUCUCUCUCUCUAGACUUUCUUGACAGGCUGGUGGAGAACCUCAGCUCUUUGGCCCGUACGCGUUUCAUCUCUGUAGAAUUUAUUCGCAGGAUGGUAUGGACCCCUUCUCUCUCUCUCUCUCUCUCUCUCUAGAAUGUCUUCACUCUCAAGCGCCUAGGUUUUACAUCUCUUUCUCUGUUUCUCUCUCGCUCUAUGAGCUUCUGCUCCAUCUGUAAAAUGAGGUAAAGUUUUGGCCCUUUUCGUCUCUAUUUCCUUUACAAGUUGCAAUUCAUGAGUGUCCGUCUCUGAUUAUCUGCAAGCUUGUAUUCUUCUGCGCUUAUUUGACAAUUAGAUUUCAUUCCAUCUUUCCUGCCUCGCGUGAAAUCCAUUGAUUACUGGAGUAAUGCUAUUUGUCGAUCAAAAUUUGAUAUGGUUGUUUAUAUCUCUGGUUUUUAGGGGGUUUCAGUUCCCUGGUUUCUAGGUUCUAGGGAUUUUAGGGUUUUGGGUUUGAGCAUGAAUUUCAUCUAUUGAGAUCAUCCAUGGGCAUUUCUUGGAGCAACCGGAGAAGAAACAAUUACCACCAAAACCCUACUUACAAUCAAAACCCUAGUUAUAGUCAAAACCCCUUUGAGAAUCAUAAUCACAGUAUCAAUAAUCUCCUUCCUCCACCUACAAUUUCCUCUUCUGCAGCACCUCCAACUCCAGCUCUACUUCCUCCUCCACCUCCAUCUCCACCUCUACCUCCACCUCCUCCAUUGCCGUCUUAUUCAGGGAAUUACCAGUGUGCUCCUUCAAAUUCAAGCUAUUUAUUUGCUGCUAAUUCACCAUUUCCACCACCACCGCCACCACCACCACCAUAUUUAGUACCCUAUCGACCGCCACCUUCUUACCAUUAUCAUUGUCAAAAUUCUGGUUAUAGUAGUGGCAGUGGGUCUGUUGGGCCUCUGGUGGGAAGGACUGAUUACCCAUAUAACCAUAACCACAAUGGGGUUUGGCAAUUUGUUCGUCCUCGUGCCGAACCUAUUGGUUUUCAUGCCCCUCCUCCACCUCCUUUCGUUCAGCAUGAAAAGGCGGUCAAGAUAAGAAACGAGGUUAAUUUGAAGAAGGACACGAUCAAGCUCGAGUUGGAUGAAGAGAAUCCUGACCAGCAUUUGGUCUCUUUCACAUUUGAUGCCGCAGUUGAUGGAAGUAUUAGCAUUUUUUACUUUGCAAUGGAAGGGCCAAGUUGUAGCUUCUCCUCCCAGUAUCGUGAGCUUGGCAAGGUGGUGAGGGUCCCUUUCCAAAAAGGAAUCAAUCAAAAAUUUCGUCAAACCUCUGGAACUGGCAUUGAUCUUGGCUUCUUCGACUAUGAUGAUCUUUCAAAACCUUCACCUGAUGAAGCCUUUCCCCUUGUUAUACGUGCUCAGGCUCACCACACAACUGCUGAUGCUUCUAUUGAGCACCAGCCUGGUGAUCCUCUACCCAUUUCAGUGCAUGCUCAAAUAACCAAAGCAGUUAUCGAGAUGAAGGAUGGGGCAACAUUUCAAGUGAAGGUGGCUAAGCAAAUACUCUGGGUUGAUGGAGUUCAUUAUGAGUUGCAAGAGAUUUAUGGUAUGGGAAACUUAUCGGUGGCAGAGUUUGACAAUGAUGAUCAGGGGAAAGAGUGUGUGAUUUGCAUGUCAGAGCCAAGGGACACAGCUGUCUUGCCAUGCCGACACAUGUGUAUGUGUAGCGAGUGUGCAAACCUCUUGAGGCGUCAGUCUAACCGUUGUCCAAUAUGUCGCCAGCCUGUGGACGAAAUCUUACAGAUAAAGGUGAAAAACGAUGAGGCAUGAGAUUCUAAUCUGCCUUGACAAGCUCAAAGCAGCAAUAUUUCCCCAUUCCUUUGUGUACAUAUUAUGUGUGUUUGGAUUGAGCUGUUGGUUGUUCAAUACAAUUCAAUCUGGCAAUGCACUGCGUUCUUUUGUGGACUCUGUACUGCUCAAAUUAUAAUGGGGACUGCUAUAUUUCUUGCGCUUGUAAUUUGUUAGUGUUACAUUAUUCGAAAUCAGCUCUGUAUUUCCAGUUGAAAGAAUCUUUCAAUUCAACUUAGCUAUGUAAUUGUGCUUGUACUUCGAAAAUUUGGACUUGAUAUAUCGAUAAGAAGAAAUAUACUUUCCCU